CUCACUCUAAUCUUUGACCAACGCUGAUUGAGAUUUGAGAGCGUGCAGCAGAUAUGGACGACACCAAACACAGAGAAGAAGAACAAGUGAUGAGCAAUGAAGAUGAUUCGAAGGGUUCAAUCUGUGGCUACGACUCACUUCACCGGCUUCUCAAGGAUAAUCUCAAACCCCAUCUCUUCCACGAAGUGAGCCGUUUGCUUACUGGUCUUAAUUGUGGAAAACCACUUGAAACAGUUGUUCUCCCUGAAUUAGCUUCCACUCUCUCUGCUGAGCAUGGUUUUGACCUCCAGGCUUUCUGCUUUCAAGCUGACAAAGAACUAUUAAGAGAACCUCGUGUAGUGAGGGUUGGCUUGAUUCAGAACUCCAUUGCCCUUCCAACAACUGCUCAUUUUACAAACCAAAAGAAGGCUAUCUUUGAUAAACUAAGGCCAAUCAUUGAAGCUGCUGGUUCUUCAGGAGUCAACAUAUUAUGCUUGCAAGAAGCAUGGAUGAUGCCAUUUGCCUUCUGUACACGAGAGAAGAGGUGGUGUGAAUUUGCAGAACCUGUUGAUGGGGAAUCAACCGAAUUUUUGCAAUGCUUUGCCCUCAAAUAUAACAUGGUUAUUAUAAGUCCAAUCCUUGAGAGGGAUAUUAACCAUGGAGAGGUUAUUUGGAACACUGCUGUUGUAAUUGGAAAUCACGGCAAUGUAAUAGGAAAGCAUAGAAAGAACCAUAUACCAAGAGUUGGAGACUUCAAUGAAAGCACAUACUAUAUGGAAGGAAAUACUGGCCACCCUGUAUUUGAAACAGCAUUUGGAAAGAUUGCCAUUAACAUAUGCUAUGGUAGGCACCAUCCAUUAAACUGGUUAGCCUUUGGCCUAAAUGGUGCAGAGAUUGUUUUCAACCCUUCUGCCACUGUGGGUGAACUCAGUGAACCAAUGUGGCCAAUAGAGGCACGAAAUGCUGCAAUAGCAAAUAGUUAUUUUGUUGCUUCAAUCAAUCGUGUUGGGACUGAGACAUUCCCUAAUGCAUUUACUUCUGGUGACGGGAAGCCAGCGCACGCCGAUUUCGGGCACUUUUAUGGAUCAAGCCAUGUUUCAGCACCAGAUUCAUCCUGCACGCCAUCUCUGUCCCGGAACAGGGAUGGCUUAUUAAUCACAGACAUGGAUCUCAACUUGUGCAGACAGGUGAAAGACCGGUGGGGCUUUAGAAUGACUGCUAGGUACGAUAUGUAUGCCGAUACACUAGCUCACUAUGUCAAACCAGACUUUGAGCCUCAGAUAAUCAGUGACCCCUUGUUGCACAAGAAGUCCUUGUAAUUGUAAUCUAUGUAAUAUGGUCCUAAACUACAAAUUAUUAUGUGUUUCACUGCUUUUUUUAGUUCUUUAGAUUGUGGUCUGCCGUGAGAUUGCCAAGUGCGGCAACUCCAAAUAAAAUUUCUAUGUUGCAUAUUGGAAUAAUAAAACCAGUUCCCAGAAAGAA